AUGGCUGUUGAUGGCCUUGAAUCCAAGAAGUCUCUGCAACAGCACCUUCUGUCUAAGAUUUUGAACCAAGAGGAUAUGAAGAUACAAAAAUUAGACGCAAUAAAAGACCGGCUACACGAUCAAGAAGUGCUCAUCAUUCUUGACGAUGUAGAUGAUCUUGCGCAAUUAGAGGUAUUGGCUGGAGAGCUUUCUUGGUUCGGUGACGGAAGUCGGAUCAUCAUUACCACAGAAGAUAAGAAGAUUUUGAAGGCACACAAGAUUCAUGUUUUCCAUCCAAGGAAGAAGCUCUUGAGAUCUUAUUGUCUCUCUGCUUUCGAACAAAGCUCUGUACCAGAUGGUUUUGAAGAGGUUGCCCAUAAAGUAGCAAAGCUUUGCGGUAAUCUUCCAUUAGGCCUUUGUGUCGUGGGUUCAUCUUUGCGUGAGGAGAGCAAGGAAGACUGGGAACUUCAACUAUCAAGGAUCGAAGCUAGUCUUGAUGGAAAAAUUGAGAACGUGUUAAAAGUGGGAUAUGACAGAUUAACGAAGAACAAUCAAUCUCUAUUCCUUCACAUUGCAUGCUUCUUCAACAAUGAAGACGUUGGUUAUGUGGAAUCUAUGCUUUCUGACAGUAAGUUGGAUGUUGGAAAUGGGUUAAAGACUCUAGCAGAUAGAUCUCUCGUGCGUAUUACUUAUGGGCGGAUAAAGAUGCACCACCAUCUACUACAGCAAUUGGGUAGACAGAUGUUAAUUGGGUUUGACUAA